AUGUUUCAUGUCGUUUUAGUAGUAAUUUUGGGAUUAAAUACUUUAAUUAUUGGGGAAAAUUGUCAUAAAAUACAAUGUUCGAACGUGUUUGACUAUGUGUGCGGAGCAGCAGCAGUGACGAGUGGUGCCCGAAUUAUAGGAACGUUUCAAAACAUAUGCCAUUUGAACAGAAUGAAAUGUCGAUUACAACAUAUUUUAGACAUUUAUCAAGUUCAUGACAGACUUUGUAAUUUAAGAAAAACUAAUUUCACAAGAAAUCGUAGAGUGAAUGACUUCAGUAUAGUCGGCGCUCACCAAGCCUGCAAUCAUACUUGUCCAACCUACUGCGUGGACACGUACGAGCCUGCGUGUGCGCAAAUUUGGAAGCCUAACAUGAAGUCGUAUAACUAUCGGCCUAUGAUUAAUCAUUGUCAUAUUGAUUUGUUCUCCUGCGCUGUAGGAGUUAAUGUCACUAUACAGCCACUGGGGAAAUGUUACAAGAAUCCAUCCGGGCUGCUUUUCAUGUCUCAAAUCGCUGCGCUGAAGUCUCUGAGGUUGAUAGACGAUACAACUCUAAAUUAUAAUAUUGCCAAGUAUCCUUCUUCAAUUGGCAGUAGACAUGAAGGUUAA